AUGUCAUAUGCAGAUUUAAAACCAGUACGAUUUGAGGAAAAUUAUCAUUAUUAUAAUGUUGCGUCUCAACUUGAAGCACAGUAUUAUCAUCCGGAGACCGCCCAACAUAGUGCCCCGACUAAUUUCUCAUCUCUUAUGCCUCAGCAAGAGGAAGUUUCUCUUUCUGCAUAUUUCACGCCGUAUCCAGAAUCAAAUCCGCUUCAAUAUAACCGAACUACGCAACUUCAACAAAGUAAUAAUCAACCGGCUACUCCAGAACGACCAGAUUCAAACUUAUCGGAUGUUAGUAACAAUUUGAGGAACCAUUGGAUGCCAAUGACAUGGAUAGAAAGAUCUGCUGACGAUCCUGGCGUUUUUAAUUUUGUCUGCCUUUGGGGCAGCUGUGUCGAAGUUAUGGCUACUAAAGAUCGUUUUAUUGAUCAUAUGUACGCACACAUAGAUCAACUGUCUGCAGAAAAAAUACAGAAUCCGCAAGGGUUAAGCGAAUGUAGCUGUCGAGUACGAGGUUGCGAGAAAAUAUUGUCUGAUCUCGAAAAUCUGCAGCGACACAUGACAAUGCAUAUAUUUCAAGCUGAUUGUCAACAAAAAGGUUCCGAAGCCUUGAUAGAAAGAGAAGAAUACGAAUCAAUUGAAUGCUGUGGAUUUGAACCGUUACUAAAUGUGCAUUACGAUGGAGAAGUGCUAGUUUGUCAGUGGGUGGAGUGCGGAGCACCGUUCACUUCUUUAACGGAACUUUUUGAACAUGCGGCUUUGCACAUUGAUAAUAUGGAUGAAUCUGACAGAGUUUUACAAGUUUUUGAUAACGGUGAAAAACAAGACGUGUAUCCGUGCAAAUGGGGAAAUUGCAGUGUAGUAGCGCAGCACAAGUCAAGUUUAAAGCGGCAUAUUCGACACCACAGCGGUGAAAAAGUGUUAGCCUGUCCAUUUUGUGCGAAAUUCUUUUCCCGGAAAGAUAAACUUUAUGAUCAUGUAAUUCGUCGGACCCUGUGCAUGAAUGACUUUGAAGAUCCAUAUGUUUGUAAAUUAUGUCAAAAGACUUUUGGAACCGAAAAAGCUUUGUGUAUGCAUGUAACUAGGCAUCUGGUUUCGGAGAGCUGUCCGCUGUGUGGCUUAUCUGUAGCAUCAAGAUCCAAUUUACACAGACAUCUUAUGGCAAAGCAUUCCAGUAGAACUCGAGAGCAUAAAUGUCCAAGUUGUGCUAAAGCGUAUUAUUCCGAAAGUGAACUAAGUAGGCAUGUCUUAAUACACACGGAGAACUCGUAUAACUGUAAAAUGUGCGAUGAGAAGUUUCGAUGGAAAAAACAGCUUUUAAAACAUAUGAAGUCUCAUGAUGAGAAUUUCAAUCCAAGUCCGUACAUUUGCCACUUAUGUGCAAGAACAUAUACAACCGGAUUUGCUCUUGGAAGACAUCUGACAAAACAACACAACUGUGCAGUUCCAAUUGGAUUUAGCAGAUUUACCUACAAGAAAUGUGCUGAUGGUUUGAUGCGAUUGCAGACAAAGAAAAUUUUUCGUUCCGAUGAAUAA